UUUUUUCCUUUCUUUCUUUCUCUCUCUUCUUUCUCUGGUUUCCUCUUCUUUGACAAAAUCCUAUUUUGCUCCGUUUUUUUUUUCCCUUCUGUUUUGUUUGUGCCGCCACUGUUAUUUUAUUAUUAUUAUUAUUUUCAUUUUAUUUAUUUUUUUAUGCGCCUCAAAUCUUCUUCCUCCCGACCUAGGGUUUCUAGGGUUUUCAGAGAAGUCCGUUGGGCUUUCUAGGGUUUCUCGAGCUGGAUUCUCUCUCUUUCAUUAGACGAAUCUCCAUGCGCCGCUGGUUCAGCGGCUUCGUUGACUAGUUCUCUGAAUCAUUCUUGUAUUCCAUUUCUUUUUUCUUCUUGAAUCUUUCCGGCGUUCUGGUGUUCAUCGGUUGAAUUGUUUUUGGUUAUGGUUUCUCGAUUAGGGAAGGGUUGAUUGAUCUCUUCUUGAGCUGUUGGUUCUGUUUAUUGAGGCCUUUUUCGAUUUGAAUGGCAUUGGGGGAUUUGAUGGCCUCCAGGUUUUCGCAAUCUUCGGUGGCGGUUGUUUCGAAUCAUUUGGAAGAAGAGUACGUUUCGAGCCAUGAUGAUGUUGAUUUGAGUUCGCAGAGAAUGGAUUCGGAGACUGCUAGUAGUAGUUAUGGCAAUGGCACGACUGCCACUACCACGAGUAUGGCUUAUUUGCCUCAAACAGUGGUUUUGUGUGAAUUUCGGCAUGAGGCUUUUGAGGCUUGUCUUCCCGCCGGUCCAUCAGAUAGUGGUUUAGUCUCGAAAUGGCGACCUAAAGAUCGAAUGAAAACGGGAUAUGUUGCUCUUGUUUUAUGUUUAAACAUUAGUGUUGAUCCUCCAGAUGUGAUAAAGAUAUCCCCUUGUGCUAGAAUGGAGUGCUGGACAGAUCCUUUUUCAAUGGCACCGCAGAAAGCUCUUGAAACAAUUGGGAAAAAUUUGAGUGCUCAGUAUGAAAGGUGGCAACCAAGGAUCUUUGAGCAGGCACGAUAUAAGGUCCAGCCUGAUCCUACUGUGGAUGAAGUGAAGAAACUUUGUAAUACAUGUCGUCGGUAUGCCAAGUCUGAGAGGGUCCUAUUUCAUUAUAAUGGCCAUGGUGUGCCUAAGCCGACUUCUAGUGGUGAAAUUUGGGUUUUCAAUAAGAGUUAUACACAGUAUAUCCCUUUGCCAAUCAGUGACCUUGAUUCCUGGUUGAAGACACCCUCCAUAUAUGUUUUUGAUUGCUCUGCGGCUGGGAAUAUUGUGAAUGCUUUUAUUGAGCUUCAUGAUUGGGUUGCUUCUAGCUCCUCUGGAUCCACAAGGGAUUGCAUUCUACUUGGAGCUUGUGAAGCACAUGAGACUCUUCCACAAAGUGCUGAAUUUCCUGCAGAUGUGUUUACGUCUUGUCUCACAACACCUAUUAAGAUGGCUUUGAGAUGGUUUUGCAGACGCUCAUUACUACAUGAAUCUCUUGAUGAGUCGCUAAUUGAUAAAAUCCCGGGCCGCCAAAAUGACCGCAAAACACUUUUGGGGGAAUUAAAUUGGAUUUUCACUGCAGUGACUGAUACCAUUGCAUGGAACGUUCUGCCACAUGAGCUUUUCCAGAGGCUGUUCAGGCAAGAUUUGUUAGUCGCUAGUCUUUUUCGAAAUUUUUUACUUGCUGAGCGAAUUAUGCGUUCUGCCAAUUGUUCCCCGAUCUCUCAUCCAUUGUUGCCGCCUACCCAUCAGCAUCACAUGUGGGAUGCAUGGGACAUGGCUGCUGAGAUAUGCCUUUCUCAGCUUCCGUCAUUGGUUGAAGAUCCUACUGCAGAGUUCCAGCCAAGUCCCUUUUUUACGGAACAGCUGACGGCUUUUGAGGUUUGGCUUGACCAUGGGUCGGAACACAAGAAACCACCGGAACAGUUACCUAUUGUUCUCCAGGUUUUACUUAGUCAGUGUCACCGAUUUCGAGCGCUGGUUCUUCUUGGAAGAUUCCUUGAUAUGGGACCCUGGGCUGUAGAUCUGGCCCUGUCUGUAGGGAUAUUUCCAUAUGUUCUGAAGCUAUUGCAAACAACAACACCAGAACUACGACAGAUUCUUGUGUUCAUCUGGACGAAGAUUCUUGCUCUUGAUAAGUCAUGCCAGGUUGAUCUAGUGAAGGAUGGGGGACAUACAUAUUUCAUCAGGUUUCUUGAUAGCCAGGAAGCAUAUCCAGAACAGCGUGCAAUGGCUGCAUUUGUUUUGGCUGUAAUUGUGGAUGGUCACAGACGGGGUCAAGAAGCCUGUAUUGAAGCAGGUUUGAUCCAAGUUUGCUUGAGGCACCUUCAAGUUUCAACCCCAAGUGACGCACAAACUGAACCCCUAUUUCUUCAGUGGCUUUGUCUCUGUCUGGGAAAGCUAUGGGAAGAUUUUCCUGAGGCUCAAAUAAUGGGUUUACGAGAAGACGCUCUAGCUAUAUAUGCUCCUUUGCUCUCUGCUCCUCAACCAGAGGUUAGGGCUUCUGCUGUUUUUGCAUUGGGUACCCUUCUUGAUGUGGGCUCUAACUUGUGUAGAGAUGGUGUUGGAGGAGAUGAAGAAUGUGAUAAUGAUGAAAAAAUUAGAGCAGAAAUUAGUAUUAUUAAAAGCUUAUUAAGUGUAGCUUCAGAUGGAAGUCCAUUAGUCAGAGCAGAGGUUGCUGUUGCUCUAGGGAGAUUUUCCUUUGGUCACAACAAUCAUCUCAAGUCAAUUGCUGCAGCAUAUUGGAAGCAUACUGGGUCUCCUUUGAGUUCCCUGCCUUCUUUGGCUCAUAUAAGAAGUCCAAGUAGUGUUGUUCCAUCUCAGAUUGGUCCAAUAUCGAGAGUUGGCACUGACAGCUCGUCUCUUGUUCGAGAUGGAAGGGUCUGCACUAGCAGCCCUCUUGCUACUUCUGGAAUUAUGCAUGGUUCUCCAUUGUCUGAUGAUUCAUCCCAACUUUCUGAUUCUGGAAUAUUGAAUGAUGGCGCAAGCAAUGGAGUUGUUAACCACUCAGCAGUAAAACCCCUGGACAAUGUGAUGUAUUCACAAUGUGUAUCAGCCAUGUGUGCUUUGGCCAAGGAUCCAUCUCCACGCAUUGCCAGGCUUGGUCGCAGGGUACUGGCUAUUAUAGGGAUUGAGCAAGUUGUAGCAAAACCUCUAAAAACUUCUGGUGGUAGUGUUCGGCCAGAUCCUUUGGCAUCGACUCCUUUUGGAUUGGUCCGAUCGUCGUCAUGGCUUGAUAUGAAUGGAGGAGGCCAUGCGUCCUUAACUUUCCGAACUCCUCCUGUUAGCCCUCCUCGACCUAGUUAUUUAACUGGGAUGCGGAGAGUUUGCUCGUUAGAGUUCCGACCACAUUUAAUGAGCACACCCGAUUCUGGACUUGCUGAUCCGCUUCUGGGGUCAGGGGUAUCUUCUGGUUCUACUGAACGCAGUCUUCUUCCUCAAUCUACUAUCUAUAAUUGGAGUUGUGGGCACUUUUCAAAGCCACUUCUCACAGUGGCAGAUGAUAGUGAAGAAAUAUUAGCUAAAAGAGAGGAAAGAGAAAAGUUUGCCUUGGAGCACAUAGCAAAAUGCCAGCAUUCUUCUGUAAGCAAGCCUAAUACUCAAAUUGCUCGGUGGGAUACAAGAUUUGAGACGGGUACAAAGACAAUCUUGCUGCAACCAUUCUCGCCUAUUGUAAUUGCUGCAGAUGAGAAUGAGCGAAUCGGGGUAUGGAACUAUGACGAGGCUACACUUCUCAACAGCUUUGAUAAUCAUGAUUUUCCAGAUAAAGGAAUUUCUAAGCUCUCCCUUGUGAAUGAGCUAGAUGACAGCUUACUUCUUGCAGCUUCAUGUGAUGGAAAUAUUCGCAUUUGGAAAGAUUAUGCAUCGAAGGAUGAGCAGAAACUUGUUACUGCUUUCUCUUCAAUUCAGGGUUAUAAACCGGGCAUUCGAAGCUUGAAUGCUGUUGUGGAUUGGCAACAACAAUCUGGAUAUCUGUAUGCUUCUGGUGAGGUUUCUCGCAUCAUGAUUUGGGAUCUGGAUAAGGAGCAACUUUUUAAUUCUGUUCUUUCAUCACCAGACUGCAACAUAUCAGCAUUGUCUGCCUCUCAAGUUCAUGGCAGCCAAUUCGCUGCUGGUUUUGUUGAUGGUUCUGUCAGACUUUAUGAUGUGCGAACACCUGAAUCGCUGGUCUGCGCAGUACGGCCACACACUCAGAGGGUAGAAAGAGUUGUGGGGAUUGGCUUUCAACCAGGACUGGAUCCAGCUAAGAUUGUCAGUGCUUCUCAGGCUGGUGACAUUCAAUUUCUUGAUAUCAGAAGUAAAAGGGAUGCAUAUCUCACAAUUGAAGCUCACAGGGGCUCUCUUACAGCUUUAGCUAUUCAUCGACAUGCUCCCAUAAUCGCAAGUGGUUCAGCCAAGCAACUCAUCAAAGUCUUUAGUUUGGAAGGGGAACAGCUAAACACGAUUCGGUAUUACCCUACUAUCAUGGCCCAGAAGAUUGGUUCCGUUAGUUGUCUAGGUUUCCAUCCCUAUGAAGUUCUACUUGCUGCCGGUGCAGUAGAUGCCUUGGUUUCUAUUCACGCUGAUUGACAACGCUCAAAUUAUAUGGGAAUGCAUCUUGUUUUCUGGAUUAAAGUUUGAUUUGGAUUUCUUCUUCGGAGGUAACUCGGAAUACUUGGACUCACAUUGGAGUCCCCGCCCCAUUGCAGCACGCGGUGCAGGAGAUCAUCAUGAAUAAAAUUAUUAUGCUGCUCAGUUCCCUCCGUUGUCAAUGAGUCUAAAAUAUAUUGGUAGAGGUUUCUUUCUACCAUAUAUAAAUAUAUUUAUAUAUAUAUAGUGUAUGCUAUAAUAUUCAUUAGCCUCCGGAGAAAGUAUUCUGCAAAUUCAUAGGGGGCUUUGGAAAUAAUCUGUCACAUAGGUACAUGCAUGUAAAUAUUCCUUCUUUUUAAAAAAUCUUUUUUUUCUGCAUUUUGGUGUGUGCUUAUUUCUUUUUUUCCCCUUCAAUUUGUAAAAGCACAUUUGUUGGUAAGUUUAGUGUCGCAUACAGAUGGCAACGUGGGUGUUCCCCUAAAAAUGUAGGGGUCUCCAGCAUUUCCUCGUUGCUCAUCCCUCAUCCUGUUGAUUUGUCCUUCCAUUUAAUUCACCUUGUAAUUAAAUUCUUUCAAGUUUGGUGUCCUUUUGUCUA